GUCAACACUUUUCCCCGGCACUGUCAGUCUGAACACAGCCUAGUAUCGUUUCAUUAUCUUAUUGUGCUAUAACCAGUCACUUGCUGCGGUCAGUCGCCAGACAAGGUCUAUUGUCUAGUAACCCGUAGUAACCGAUGGUUGUCUAGUAACCGGUGGUAACCCGUAGUAACCGGUGGUUGUAACCGGUGGUUGUCUAGUAACCCGUGACCGGACCCGUAUUUCAGCCAUGGCAGUAUAAAAUGCCACGCACGCCCCCACUCUUGCUCCUAUGCACACUAACGGCAUGGACUGCCAUGGCCAAGCCCAAAGCAUUCGUUAGAGGGGUUGAAGAGGAGAGACGCUCUCUCGCAGGUAAUGGGGGUCUGUGCCACAAUGCACUCGAUGUUUACGCAACGAAAGAGUGUAACGUUGAAGGUGAUAAUUGUAGAAAGACGGGCAAGUGUCGUCUUGACAACGCUGGUUACGUCUGCUGCUGUGACUUCUGUUCCCGGAGAUCCCUAAAUAAGUCGACUAACUUCUGUGGAGAUAACGGCGUAACGUACACCACGCUAUGUGAAUACCGACGGGAACAGUGUGAGACAAACACAUCUAUCAAGAUACUCUACAAGGGGCAAUGUAUUGCCCCAGAUGAGACCUGCGCUAAAAGAAGAUACGAGACCCUACUCAGACAAGCUACUGGAAUGAUGUCAGAUGGUUAUGUUCCCAAGUGCCUGGAAAGCAACAUGAACCUGUACGCGCUGACCCAGUGCAACAUGACGGAUGGUUUGCAGUGUUGGUGUGUCAUGCCUGACACCAACAACAAUAUAACUCAGCCCAGGCCUGUCAGCCAGGAGGAGGACCUCAAUUGUGAACAGGAGAUGAAGAUAGCCAUGUUGAGUUGUGACCCCUGCAAGAUAGUGAAGGAGGUGUUCAAAGCGUUCCCUGGAGCCAACAACUACGACAUCUACGUGGCUAAGAAAAUAGAGAACACUCGGAGAAUCACCAGAACACACGAACCCAGGAGUGACGUUGGUAUUGCGAGAAAGUUGUUUAAGAGUUUCGACUACUCUAGAGACAACUUCCUGUCCUCUGGGGAGCUAGAUAUCAUAGCCCGCUGGCUGUACAUUUCACGGGACUGUGUUCUUGAUGUACUUAGUAUCUGUGACGACAACAACGACGGUCUAAUCAACAACACUGAAUGGUGUACUUGUCUCAUGAACCGGUAUAGUAUUACUUUAUCAUGACGUCACAGCCUCUCAUGACGUAACAGCCUCUCAUGACGUCACAGCCUCUCAUGACGUCACGAUCACAUUAAAACUCAUCUCACCUAUCACAAUAAUAUGUUACUGUUUGUUUCAAAUAUCACCUGUCCUAUCGAAUACUUGCGGACAGCCAAGCCCCAAGGACCACACUUUACAACUACUAAAGUGGUUAGCGUAUCAAUAUUAACUGCUUAUUUUCUAACUCUAAUUACUGCGAGAUGCAAUAGCUAAGAAAUGAUGAAAUGAGAGUGGCGGUAAAGAGCGGGGAUAUAAUCCAAGGAACCAUAUUAACAGUAAACAGGGUAGAAAGACACAGCAAAUGAGGAACAAGAAAUCAACAGAUGUUAUCUUUGCAACUAAAUGUCAUACAGCAGCCUUGCAACUCACUAUAGGCCACAUUCCUAAUAGGGAUAAUACAAUGUUUGCUGAGUAACGGUUCUAAUGAUUGUUUUUGAGACUGUUGAUGAAAUGACUGAAAAUUAACUAUUUAUAAAACUUACAUUUUUCGUUGUCUGGAAUCUGGAUGUGAUUUUGCUUUUGUCUUCCAUCUUAAUUGACACUUUUAACUAGCAGUUGUGCUAUUCCAGAUGUAUAUAUAUAUGCUGGCCUGAAAUUGAGAGUUUAACUUCAUUUCGCAUAACUCGUAAACAAUAUUUUUGUUCUUUAAACGAUCUUAAAAAUAUAGUUUGAAGUUUUGCAUAUAAUUU